AGGAGGGGCUACAAAGCAGAUCACAGCAAAGAGUGGUUUAGACUAGUGAAGCUCCACCUCCUGGACAGGAUAAAACUUCAUAUUCACACUACUACUGAUGAUAAAAACUCCACUAAAGAUCCUCUGCAGCAGAACUCCUAUAAUCAGCACAGUGUCAAGAUGAGGCUGGAAAGCUUUGACAAGAACAAAUUGUAUUUUGCCAUUAUCAUUCUGCCACAGCUCUGGAUGUACGCCUGGUGUCAGACUGUCCCAGAACCUUACUCCAUCCAGGUGGAUUCCAGUAUCUCAGUGCAGGAGGGUCUGUGUGUGAUAAUUCCUUGUGCUUUUACUGCCGACCAUAAGACAACAUUCAAAAACUCCACCGGAUACUGGAAGAGCAACUAUGAAACCAACAUAGCCUCUAGUAAUGCAUCGGUGCCUAUAGUAAAGGAGAAUUUCCAUGUGAUGGGGAACCCAGAUAAUGGGGAUUGCACCCUGAAAGUCACUGACGCCAGGAAACAAGACACUGGGACCUAUUUCUUCCGAUUUGAAGGGAGUAAAGAGACUUCUAUCAAAUAUAAUUACGUAUCAGACAAAAUUACCCUUCUGGUAACAGAUCUUACACAAAAACCAGAAGUAUCAAAUUUGGGGCAUCUAAGAGUAGGCGAAGAGGUGACACUGACAUGUACCCCUCCAGGGAAUUGCGAUGGAACAGAUCCUACAAUCACAUGGUGGAAGGACAACCUGGACGGAAUUUGGGGAAAAUCAUCUAGUGUAACUUUUACCCCAUUACUGAGUGACCACAAGACGUCUAUAACCUGUGAGGUGAACUACCCGGCAGUGAGGGCUUCAACCCAGAAGACGAUUGUCCUGGAUGUUCAGUAUCCACCAUCCAUAAACACUUUUAUUGGCCCCUCAGGAAUAAUAGCGAAUCACACCGUGGUGCUGAACGAAGGGGACUCUGUGACCCUCAAUUGCUCAGUGAUCAGUAACCCAGCAGCUUACGUGACUUGGGCGAAGGGGGAGAAUAAUGUGGUCAGCAGUGUGACUGGACAGGGACUGGAGCUGUAUCUGAUGGACGUUACCUCCAGAGAUAUUAAUACAUACAGCUGCUCCGCAUGGAAUCAGCACGGGGACACCAGUGACUUUGUUGAUAUCAUUUUGCAAUCUAAAAAUGAAGAUCGAGAAGUCAAGCUUUCAUUCGAGACAUCUCCAACUCCGGCUCCGGAAAUUGUGACAGCGUUUUCCCCGCAGUGUGGUCCCAGGAACAUUGACUUUCUGAUUCUUGGAGCCUUCAUCGCUGCAAACAUCCUCAUCCUCUCCCUGAUUGCCCUGGCUCUUCUCUGUUUCGUUAGGAGAAACAUGAAAAAAAGGCAAGAAGCAAUCAUAAACAAUGGAGAAGAGCUCAGUACUCUGCGGACGGCCUCCGUGUACAAGAAUCUCAAUGAAUAGAAAAAAAAAAUCCACCAAAUGAACAAAAUUCCAGCAAGACGAUGAGAUGAGCUCUGAAACACCCGGCUCCGUGUCCCUGCCUCCACUUAAAGGAGAAUCAGGUUCUUUGAUACAAACAGUUAUAUUAGGAUUUGCUGCCAUCGUAGAGAUGAAGGGUCUUGUGCUUCUGCAGAAAAUUUUCACAAAUGUUGAAAAAUUAAAUUUAUAAAUUAGGAUUAGAUUUCUUUUUUUUUUUGGCAGCAAUACUGGUUUUCACCGCUGGUCAGAGAUGGUUUAAUGUGUGUGGAACAUCUCCACCAUCUCUGGAAUGUGCAUGCUGCCGCUGUACCUAGGAGAUCAGUGACUCCUAAUUUAUUAUUUGUAGCCUUAAAAAAGCGUACAAUGUCUCUAGUGUGUGAAUCGAUUCAUCACUGUCAAAAUUCUACCCACAUUUUUGAAAAAAUUUUGAAACAGUGGAUUCAUUUUGGUAAGAGUUUUAUAGAGAGAGAAGAACCGAAUGAAAGUUCUUGGACGAAUCCAACAGAAACAAAUUUUAGGAAAUUUGAUUAGAUUGUGAGCUCCAAGGGACAGAGCCUGAUGUGAGGGCUGUCAGUGUGAUAUAGGAAAUUGCAUUCGAUCUUUUUGACAAAUUCUGUAUUCAGAUG